AUGACAAAGGUCUCUUCUGAAGAUACGACCUCCAGUCAUGCUACUCUGAGGUUCAUGAGGCAGCGGCUGGGCACCGAGUCCGAGGAGCCGGCGCCCGCCGGCCCGGCGCCGCUGCCCCGGCUACUGUCCGCCCUCUUCUACGGCGCCUGUUCCUUCCUGCUCGUGCUGGUCAACAAGGUGGUGCUGAGUACCUACAGCUUCCCGUCUCCAAUGUUUCUUGGAAUUGGGCAGAUGGCUACUACCAUACUUAUCCUAUAUGUAUCAAAACUAAAUAAAAUUAUUCACUUUCCUGAUUUUGACAAAAGUAUCCCUGUGAAGUUGUUCCCUCUGCCUUUGAUUUAUGUUGGAAAUCACAUAAGUGGAUUAUCAAGUACCAGGAAACUAAGUUUGCCGAUGUUUACAGUGCUCAGGAAGUUUACCAUUCCACUCACCUUACUGCUGGAAAUCAUCAUACUUGGGAAGAGAUAUCCACUGAGUAUUAUAGUCAGUGUAUUUGCCAUCAUUCUUGGGGCCUUCAUAGCAGCUGGAUCAGAUCUUGCUUUUAAUUUGGAAGGCUAUACCUUUGUAUUGCUAAACGAUAUCUUCACAGCAGCAAAUGGAGUUUACACAAAACAGAAAAUUGAUCCAAAGGAGUUGGGGAAAUAUGGAGUCCUUUACUAUAAUGCUUUUUUUAUGGUGAUUCCAACGGUUAUUAUCAGUUUCUCUACUGGAGACCUACAGCAAGCCACCGAUUUCAAGCACUGGACAAAUUUUUUAUUUCUCUUUCAGUUUCUUCUUUCCUGCUUGUUGGGGUUUCUCUUAAUGUAUUCUACAGUCCUGUGCAGUCACUACAAUUCUGCACUUACAACAGCGGUGGUUGGUGCUAUUAAAAAUGUAUCCAUCGCUUAUAUUGGAAUGUUGUUUGGUGGAGAUUACAUAUUCUCAUUUUUAAACUUCAUAGGACUGAAUAUUUGUAUGGCAGGAGGACUGAGAUACUCAUUUUUAACCUUAAGAGGAAACAUCAAGCCUAAGCAGCCACCUGAUGAAGAAAACACACUGCUUGAUUCAAAGAGCUAGCAGAAAUGAAUGACAUGAAAAGCAGUGAAGAUAGAAGCUGGCCUAGCUCUGCUGUAAAGUUUUUAAAAAAGAGGGGGAAAAAAAAUUAAGGAAUGUAUUUGAAAUGAGAAAAAAUCUACCUCAACUGAAAUUGUAGACACGUCAUAGACUCAGAACUUUUCAUACACAAAGAGUGUUUUUGUGGGACUUUUUUGCUGCACAGCUAACCUACAGCACUAAACAGUAUUGAACCAUAUGUCCAAAGGCAUUGGCUAGCUAUGAUUUUCUGUAUUCUGCUUGAUACUGAAAGUCCAGAAGUCCUUGCUCAAUUUCCAUCAGACAAAGCACCCUUUGAAAACCAAGGGGUUCAGUUCACCCACUAUUCUGCAUCUCAUGUACUCAUUUAUGCUAGCAUAUUUAAUACUGUUGAAUCAGAAUAGAUCUCAUCCACUCUGCAGUAGCUGAAAUAGGUAAACAAAGCACAGGGUAAUGUUGAAUUUGACCCUGAGAGUUGCUCGUGUAAGGAAUGAAUGAAACUGAAUGAAGAACUCAGGAUAUGGCCCAGUAUAUUUUGAAAAGAGAGUUUUCCCUCUUACCAGUUCUUUCUGCCUAAUACUUCCAAUUAAACUGCCGGCCUUUGUGACAUCAGUUUCCUAUCAUAAUUGUGAUAUUACAAAUGGAUUAUCUGUGGCUGGACAAAAUAAAAGGAAGAGGGAGGCUGAGAGAGAGAAACUUGAUGUUUAAACAGAAAUAUCUUGCCUAAUUAGACCCUGUAAUAUGGAAGAUCAUGAAAGAGAUAAGAAAGGUAAAUCCAUUUCUUUUCUGGAACAAUAUGUACUUUGGUGUCAAAGUCCCCUUCUGAAGAUUUUAUCAAUGCUGACUGCACAACAAGUGAUACUAAUGUGAGCUAAAUGAAGCAGAGAAAAAUGAGUGCAAAUUGAAAGUUAUCACUAUGUAAUAAUGUGUCACUGGCACACAAAUGUUGGUGUCCAUAGUAUGCCAUGCAUGCAUUAUAGCUAAAAGCCUUUUUCUGUCUUUGAACUCUAAAUUCAAAACAAAUUUGCCCAAUCAUUUGCUAAUGAUGUAGUUAAUGUGGAUAUGCGUUGGGGUCUUAUUUCUGCUGUCAAUGUGGGUUAAUAAUGUAACUUCUUAACAAUGAAACUUUCCUUAUCUGAAAAUACAGAUGAUAAAUAUUUGCUUAUAUCACUGGGGGUGUAGCGAAGCUAAACUGAUUUGUUUUUGGAACAGCCCUUUUUCCAAGAAUAACCCAUAGCCAGAUGACAACUGCCAUUUUGCAUUGCAUUUUGUGUGUUAGGCUGCUGUGAAUCCUCAGGAUAGCAGCCUACUAAAUUAAACCCUUUAGGAUUUAGGUAGGAAAAAAAAAAGCCUGGCUUCUGGAUCCUCCUCUGUUUUAGGAUUUUUUAGAUUAUGCCAUAGGAGAAGAAAGUGGUUAAUAAGAGACAUGUACGAGGUGUUGUUCCAUUAAAAAGACAAGCAAAAUUUCAGAAGGCUCUGAAAUGGAACUGGGUAGAUCUGGACAGAUUGACUGGAUGUCUGACAUUUGCGCUUCAAAAUCCAGGGGAAAAAAAAGUAAACCCAGGUGGAAUAUAGGAAUUGCCAUGUGACACUAUGGAACUGUAAGAUCCGUAUAGUUCAGAACUGAAUCUGAUUGUGACCACCACCAGAUGUUUGAGAGGAUGGUAGGCAAAUGUAGGACUGCCUUUUCCUGUGACUUUUUAGAAAUGAGAAUGAGUCCUAUUUAGAGAUUGGCUUAUACCCCGAAACACAAUGAUGAAUGGCCCUUCCAAAUUUUUGUUGUGUUACUGCUUGAUAUCCGUAUAAAUAUCCCAUCCUCUUUUGAAUCUUAAGUUCUUGAUGCCAGUGACUUCCUGUGGCAGUGAAUUCCUCAGUUUAAUCACGUGAUUUGACCCGGCUUUCUUAUAUGAAGUAUUUCCUUUUAUUGUCUUUGAAUUUCCUACCUUUUAGGGCCCCUCUACACAUGCAGGCAAAGGGGCUGGAAGUGGGUGUGCACUAAAGGUGCACCAAUACAUCAGUCCGAUAUCAGAUUGGCACCGAUAUAAAGAAAAUUGACUAUAUCGGAAAUUGACCUGAAGUGGCCAAUAAUUUGGCCAAUAAAUGCUUGUGUAUGC